AUGACGGUGGGUGCCAGCCUGCAGAUUAGCAGAGGUAUGCCGGUGCCAGACCAGACAUCAGAGCAGGGUGCCAGUCUGCUGAGUCCAGGUCUACCGUCAUCUAAUGGAGACGGAUCCGACGGGACAGAGACCACCUCCGCUAUCCUGGCCUCUGUCAAAGAACAGGAGUUGCAGUUUGAGAGGCUGACCCGUGAGCUGGAGGCAGAGAGACAGAUUGUAGCUACCCAGCUGGAGAGAUGCAAGCUGGGCUCUGAGACCGGUGGAAGUAUGAGCAGCAUCAGUUCGGUAGAUGACCAGUUUCGCUGGAACACCCAAGCGGAUGGCCAGAAGGACAUAGAGGAUGAGUUGACCACAGGACUGGAGAUGGUCGACUCCUGCAUCAGAUCCCUGCAGGUGUCUGGAAUACUGGACCCUCACCAAUUCAACACAGGAGAACGUCCCUCUCUACUUUCCCAGAGUUCUUUGCAGCUUAACUCCACCCCGGAGGCUUCACUCCAGUACUCCGCCAGCUACCAUAGCAACCAGACCCUCGCCCUUAGCGACAGCGCUGCAGCGGCAACACCACAGCGCAGCGGACAAGUCGGUGGGGCCGUGCACAGCUACAACCAGGUGACGUCUAGUCGUGCCGCUCAGCAGAGGCAGCAGGCAGGGGGAGGUAGUGGAGGAGACUCCUUCUCUCAGAGCCAUGGCAGUGCCUUCCACCUACCAGAUGCACAGCAGAUCACUACCGAGAACUGA